AGCAUAGCCAUUUUCAGGCUGCUUCUUGCACUGGUGCUAGAAGUCCAUAUAUAGUGGGGGUGGGCAUCGACUGGCGCUCAUACAUCAAUUUCCCUGGCGCUCAUCAUGAUAUAGCUUCUCUGCUUCGGUAAUUUAACUUGUGGAUCUUGAAGCUUGAAGCGCCUGUUGAUCAAAAGGCCAGGACCCACUGACUCGAAACGUUUACGCGCCCAGCACAGGUAUCGGAGAGCAUUUGUGGCACAGCCUUAAUUCCAUAUGUUAAAUCUCAUGCGCUGCGGCACGUGUACAUAUGCAUUCUCGGAGCGCUUGGUCUAAUAUCAUCACAGUUAUCAUCCUGCUGCUUCCAAACACAACAUCACAAAGUGCGCGAGGUUUACUUCUUCUUCGGGACCUUGGCUUUUGCCUUGGCAGCAGGGGCCUCUGCGGCAGGAGGCUUGGCGCCUUUACUUGGUGCAGGGGCACCCUUGCCGGCGGGUGGACUUGGUGCAGGGGCUCCGGAAGCAGCACCACCGGUGGUGGGAGCGCCUGCACAUCAACAGUCGUCCCAGCCAAAUAAUAGAAGGUUGUAAAAAAUAUCAAAAUAUCUGUCAGACACCACACUAACAAAAACAACGAUUGGGCAUACCAGUCUUAGCAGCUUUUCUUGCAGCGGCCAUCGUGUAUUAUUUGCACGGGAGAAGAAUUAUGAGUGAGGGUGUGGUUGUGG